AGUCUAUUAUUUUGACCAUACGUCAGAAGAAGUUGCCGCUGCCUGUUACCUUCACAAUGAGAUUCUUUCUUUUUAUUGCAAGUCUUUGCACAGUUGCAGUAGCUACCGAAGGUCUUAGGUGUUUACAAUGCAGAGGCAAGAGUAUUGAAGAAUGCGAUUUAUCAGCCAGCGUAGAACUCUGUUCUUUUGCGGAGGCAUCAUGCGAGACAGAAGUAAGGAGAGUUCAAGUGGGAUCUGAGUUAAAGGUGGUUGGUGUCUCUAAGCAGUGCAAGCAGAAACAAGCAUGCGAAGCGAAUGAGGCUCAAAAUCAAAUGAAAUCAGGCCCCAGUACCCAAUGUAAUGAAGACCAAAGUAACUCUGUAUGUCGUUGUUGCUGCAACGAUGAUUUAUGCAAUGAAGGUCCAUUAACCUGUACGAAGAUGGAAUCUGACCCAUUACCACCAGCACCCGCCAAACUGCAAAGUCUGACGUGUCCCCAACAACAGGCUACUCUGUACCACGGCCAAUAUUCUUGCACCGACGGUGAAGAGCCAGGUUCAGUUUGCAAUUAUAGCUGCAACGGAGAAUAUGAAGUGUACCCUUCUUCAGAUAUUUCUAAUACUUGUCAUCAAAAUGGAUCGUGGGAGAAACCAAUGCCAUGCUGUGCACGCCCAUGUCCCGAAUAUUUGCUAUACGACUACGUUCAACUAUUCCAUGCUUCUUCCUGGGAAAACUGGUUAGCUUUGUUGAACAUGGGAGAUUCGAUCACAUAUCACAGCCGUUGGGGCCCUGAAUCAUUCCAAGGUUCGGCGGUUUUCUUCAGCGAUCGCGUCCAUGAAGAAACCCUCAUACAAUUCAAAGAAUCUAACUACAACGAAACAAAGUUUCUUGAACUAUUUUCAGAAAGAUUGAUUGAUAUCGAUUUUGAUAAAAUGGGCCAAAGAGUGAACACAGCAACAGCGCUGUGGUAUGCGAGUAACUACCUUUUUAGGGAAAGAGUUGGCGCCCGUGACAGAAGGGUUCCAAAAAUGCUAGCUGUCAUCACAGAUGCAGAGUCGCAUCAGGACGUACAAGCUGCUGCUGAAGCUUUGAGGCGUGAUGGAAUUCUGACGUACGUUUACGUGUAUAGAAAUGAUAUAACGAAAUUCGAUCAAGCACAAUUGUCGCACUUGGCCGGAGACAAAAACCACAUUUACGAAGUUCAAGAUGGUGGAACAUAAGCUACCCGACAAGUUGCUGGCGGAUUUGUUGAGUCACUUCUGCGCUGAUCCCUGCGUACAUGUUCUGCAUGCUCACAGUAAGGCAGCAGCGACUUCAACAGGCCUGUACUAUGGCUAAUUCUGCACUAGAAUACCUGUUUUUUAUACCCUCAAUAUAGCCUAUAGUGUAUAUAUUAAAAAAACAUAUUACAAUCUGUUAAAAUAUGGUGUUGUAAAUGCAAGAUUUUGAACAAAACGAAUCAUAUGUGUGUAAUAUACGACAACAUGAAUCUCGGUCAUUCGUUUACGCCAUUAUCAUCAAUAUUUAUCGUUUUUACCGAUUUCUGAUAAUACUUGUUGCUUGUAGUCGUGCUGUAUUCGAUCACUGAUUCUGAAUAAAGUUUUUGAUUACUUCC